AUGACGCCUUUGAAUGAUUCACCUGUUGCCGAUGGAGUGCCGACUGUCGAGGGCGAGGUGAAGCUGCAUAUGAUUUCUAAAGGAGCUGGAAUGAAGAUGAUGUCCCUAUCGGAAGUUCUCCUCCGUUUUGAACACGACGAUGAGUGGCACGAGUUGCAGCUCUCCCCUGCCAUUGGUUUUCAGAACAACAUGUUAGCCAUUAACAGCUUGGGUG